AUGGAUGAUAGCUAUAAGCAUAAAGACGGUCUCCUGUUAGGCAAGCAUGGACCCCUAGGACCGAAAAGAAAAAACAACCAGGUCUCUUUCAACCUGGAUCAAAACCAGUGCGUAGAAUUCUCCCAUUCGGACAAACCUAUAUCGCGUGCCAAACGAAUUCAAGGCUAUAUCAGUUCAACGGGUGCAGCUCCGGGUGAAGGUUCCAUCCACCAUGCACCAAUGUCCCGACCAAUACCAUCUCGAACUGGUUGGACACGAGAGAUACAUCCGCUCGGUUGGAAUAACCGGUUAGCCGCGAAAACAUCCGGUCCCGGUGGGGAGAUGAAUAAUAUUAAUCGUGCCAAUCUAACCUAUGCAACCGCGUGGAAUAGUGGUGGAUCCGCAUCGUGGACUGCGGGCACGAUGCAAUCACCUCCACCCCCGUGUCGAACCACGAGUAGGGGUGCUGCACUCCCGUCAAACACCACAUUGAUCUUUCAACCGACCUCGUUGAAAACAAUAAAAACGCUCCCAGGACAGCAGAAACGAAAUUCCCUCUAUCGAGAUGGCAAAGAAUCACAAUUAUUCUCUGACAUUGAAUUCUACGAACCCGAAGCACAACCGAUGUAUGCGCAAUCGCCAUUCCGUCAAGAAAUUCGACAUCAGUUGCCCAUCGAUAUGUUUCACCGAAUACCUUGA